ACUCCAAUGCACAACAUGUGGCGGGUGCUACCGCCAACGGCUCUGCUGCUUCUAGUUUCAGCUGGCACGCAAGCUGGUGAGUUUGCUUCGUGGUCUUGGAUGGGUCAAGUGAGGAAUGUAAAUGUGCAACAGCCACAGGCAGAUCUCCCAAAGGCUGUGGUGCUCCUAGACCCUCAAUGGGACCGGGUGCUCAAGGAUGACCACGUGACUCUGAAGUGCCAGGGGGACUACCCUCUUGGAGACAAUUCCACACAGUGGUGGCACAAUGGGACUCUCAUCCCAAACCAGGCCUCCAGCUACUUCAUCACAGAUGCCAAAGUUGAGGAUAGUGGAGACUACAAGUGUCAGACAGGCCUCUCCACACUCAGCGACCCGGUGAAGCUAAAAGUCUACGUGGGCUGGCUGUUGCUCCAGGCCCCUCGGUGGGUGGUCCAGGAGGGGGAGCCCAUUCAGCUGAAGUGUCACAGUUGGAAGAAAACUACUGUACGAAAGGUUCAAUUUUUCCAGAAUGGCCAAGGCAAGCAGUUUUCUUAUCAGAAUUCUGACUUCUACAUUCCAGAAGCAAAACUUGAACACAGUGGCUCCUACUUCUGCAGGGGGAUUAUCGGGAGUAAAAACGAGUCUUCAGAGGCUAUGAACAUCACUGUUCAAGGUCAAGAAAAUCCACCAACCAGCUCAUCAUUCUUUCCACCUUGGCACCAAAUCACUUUCUUCCUGGUGAUGGGACUCCUGUUUGCAGUGGACACGGGGCUGUAUUUUUCUGUGAAGAGAGCCCUUCGAAACUCAAAGGAGGACUGGAGGAAUGGCAAAGUCACAUGGACUCAGGGCCCUCAGGGCAAAUGAGGGUAAUAAAAGCAGCAUCCCCAUCCCCUGGGGGUGAUAAAAGAAGCAUUUCUGAACCUCUUUCUAAAUUCACAGCCCCACCAUGCCCAACAGGCAUCUCUGGGAGCAGCAGGAAAAUUACACCUCAGACUCUAGGCUGAGGGUCCUUCACCCAACUCUGUUUUCUCUUGGUCUCCUAUGGAAAGGAAAGGACUGUGAUCUUCAAGUGCCAACAGUGAAGCCGCAGUGAGCAGCUGCAUUACCAGGAAUAGAAGUCUCAGAGCGACAUGGAUGCUUUCUCUAUUCUAACCAUUCCGUCCCAGCAAAGCAACAAUACAGACUCUUGAUGAUUACCCUUGAUGUAUGAAUAUUGUCCUUAAAUAAAUGGAUAUGUAAAUAAGAGAAUUCAUGGUUGAGAACCAGCUGGAUAGUAGUCUGCAUCUGUUGCUUCAGGGCUGGCUGCCUUCAAGGCACCCUAAAACUCCUUCUAGACAGACUGUGGGUAUGUCUGGGGGGUCUAGGGGAGACAGCAGAACCAAUGAAGGGGGUGGCUAAGAAAGAGCAGGGUAGCCCAGGAAAGACCAGAGAAGACCACCACCUGGGCUGUCUUCCUAGAAUAUGAGCCAUGGUAGAUAGAGGUAAAAGAAAAUCACAGAGGUGAUGUAGAAUAGAGUUUUUCAUGGGAGCCCAUGUCAGAAUUGGGAUGGUCUGCAAGUAUACAAUGAUCAACCCUCUUAAUGUCAUGAGUAGGAAAUGGUCCAGGAAGGGGUGUAGGGGUUGGAGGAUUUAGAAAAGAAAGCACAGAAUAAGGCCAUUGGAAGGAGAGCAACAUUGUUGUCCCGGAUUAAGCUCAGUGAACAGAGAUACCUCCACAUCCAAACAGAGAAAGCAUGAGAAGAAGUCAACCACAACUGCACAGGAAAGAAUGGGUAGGAGGUGAGAAUG